AUGUAUGCUACACAUGACCCAGCCUCUUUCAUCUCUACCGUGCAGUUGCCACCGGAUGCAUUUGAUAGUCUGCUCGUCUUGUUUUCCGGUGAGUACGAACAACCCAGUAGACGUGGCAAAUGUGGUAGACCUCCGCGUGUUGUCCAUGCGCAUGCUGUUCUGGCGUUGGUGCUGCACUUCUACACAGCCGCUGUCGAGCAGAAGACACUGCAAGAGCUGUUUGCGCUGACACCAAACACGUGCGCCCGUACUCUGCGGAAAGGAGAAGAAGCAUUGGCCCGUGCCCUGGCAGCUUGCCCAGAUGCUGCGAUCAAGUGGUCGUUGAAGGCCACGCAGGCAAGAUGGGCGGUCAUGAGCAACUUGCGGGAUCCGCAUGUCCACGGGGUGUUUUCAUUCGUCGAUGGAAAGAACUCACGAUGGUUACACAGCGAGUUCGUCACCGGUGUCCUCUGCUUCGGGCUCAACGGCACAUUGGUAUGGGGGAGACACAACUACCCCGGCUCAUGGAACGAUGGUGAAAUGAGCCGGAGGUUGCAAGAGGUGCUCGAAGACCCGGCGAAGACCGGUGUUGACAUGAAGGUUGCGUCCGACUCUGCAUUUCCGGUCAGUGGCAGGUGUGCUGGCCGCAUUGUGACCCCGCUGAAGAAAGGGGACCUCGAACGGCAUCCUCCAGCGUGCCGACUUGGCCUGAAAGUCAUGAGUGACUGCAUUACGUCGUUGCGCCAAGCUGCGGAAUGA